ACAGCCGAUUACGAUUUUGUUUACGUCACUGCGUUAUUGCUUGAGGAAGCGACUGACAAUUCAUCGAGCCCUCGAACUUUGACAAACAGUGUUUUUUCUGAUCGUUUAAUUGUUUCUAAACUCGUGUCGUUAAACCGGUUAUUCUCAAUGCCCAUCUGGAGUGAAGUUUAAAGGGUCUGAGUUAGCUCGCUAGCUAUCUGACUGCAUUGAGUUGCUGUCAGGGCGCAGCGGUGAAGUGCACACUUACCGAUCAACAUCUUGAAACCCCUGGAGCGUUUGUAUCGAUCUUCAUUGAUCCGCUGAGCAUAUAUUGAUUGUGAGUGAUGGGGGCCCAGAGGAGUGAGGGACGCAGGGACUGGCUCCAGCAGGAUUUCACUGAGCAGCAGGUACAAACAGUGAAUCCCUGGAACAUCAUGAUCAAACACAGACAGGUGCAUCGCAGAGGACGACGCUCACAGAUGACGGUUAGUUAUACAGAUCCUGUCAUUUCCAUGGAUCUUCUGCGGAACGUUCUGCAGCCCAGCUUCAACGAAGACAUCCGUGCUGUGUUUAGGAAAUAUAUGAAGUUUUUUGAGAAGGCGGCCAGCAAUGUGAAAGAGAAUGUUGGAGGAGACGUCCAGCCUGACCAACUUAUCAGAGAUGCUUGCAGAAACUGCCUUGAACAUGCAAAGCAGCUCUUUCCUGAAACAGAUAAAACAACCCUGAAACCUAGUGUUGACCCAACAAUGAAGCGUGCACGGCAACCGGACGACACCUCUGGUCAGAGGGACAGCCCCAUCCCUAAAAAGAGGAAAGGUCGUCCUCCUGGUACAGUUGUACAGUACGACAGACCGGCCCAGUACAGCACUGCAGCAAAACUCAAAGUAUCCGAGCCAAUAAAGCGAGAAGGACCUAAGUGGGACCCAUCCAGACUGAAUGAGAACAGCACGUUCGUUCUGGGAUCCAGAGCAAAUAAGGCUUUGGGAAUGGGAGGUACAAGAGGAAGAAUCUACAUCAAACAUGCAGAGCUCUUCAAGUAUGCUGCUGAUGCUCAGGACAAACACUGGCUUUCAGAAAGACAGCACAUGAGAGCUACUGGAGGAAAGAUGGCCUAUCUACUUAUAGAAGAGGAUAUUCUUGAUCUUGCCCGAAGUGAAGACUACAAGGACUGCCCUGACUUGAAGCUGGAUGAAUUGAAACCUUUUCUAGUGCCCAUAUGGAUGGUGGAGAAGAUGCAGAAGGCAAUGGAAGCACAGAAAACAGAAAACGAUGUUGUCAUGUAACUAACGCCAACCUCGUCAGGCAAGUCGUUGGACCACGGACACUCUUGAGUGUUGCCAGUUUAACAUAACUGUAACUUUUUGUUGUUUAUUUUGUUUGUGCGAUGUUCACUGUAGACCCAGGCAUUAUGAUCAAGUUGCCCAGAAAUUGUUGUGUUGGAGGUUUACUUGGCAAAUCAAAAUUCCACAUUUCAUUGCAUCUGCUAUUGUCUAAACUGGUCUAAAUCUGAUUUCCCUUUUUUAUCGUUAUUAUCAAAUGCGUGCUUUUUUCUUGACUUUGUAUUUAAAAGACUUGAAUAUCUAAUAAGGCACAUAUAGAGCCUUAAUGAUUUUUUUUAAAAAAUACUGUGGUUAAUGAACAUUUUGUAUGUUUGUUUUUGUGUGAGUGUGUUUCCCAUGAUUCUUUGUCUUGUUUUUUAAAAUAAUUUUAUGAAUUUUGUUUGUAAUAUCUGCUUUAAAAGCCCCCUUAUUUUUCCUUUUUUUAAUAUAUUGCAUUGUUCGAACAAAACAAAAGCUGUUUACAUUCACAGCCGAACUAUACGAUGAGCCGUGAUGUUUUUACCUUAUAUUAUUUACUGUUUUUUUACAAAAAUGAAACGUAAAAUUUAGAAUUGACUGAUUUUAUAGCUUAUUAAAAAGUGUGGGGAUUGGUAUUUAAAUUAUUUUUAAAAUAAAUUUCAUACCUGUUACAUUCAUCUAUUGUCUGUUAUAACUGAAAAUGUAGAACGGUUUAUAAAUGUAUGCAACUAUAUUUACCAAUAAACAGUUU